GGCACCUCAUCGGUACGGUUCGGUUUGGUUUUUUCGAACGGAGAGAGACACCAGCCAUGUGAUCGCCAGCCGCCAUCACUUUGAUCUGUAUGAAUAGCCAUCACAUCUGUGUGUCUCACAUCUGUGAAUGUACGAGAAUUUGACUCACCUCAAACAACAACACGAGAACAAAAAAACGGACAAAACAGUGCGGUCAACUGUUUAAAACAAAAAUUGUUCAUUUCAGUUUAUUUUCUUUUUUUUUGUGAUGGCAAUGCGUGCAUUUGUCCUCACUCUAUGGCUGCUCGUCAUGCUAACUGACGCAGCUCGGGCAAUUACCUGCUAUGAAUGCGAUUCGGUGAAUAACAAGGGUUGCGGGGAUGGCGACAAUUUUCAGCCCGAUGAUAUAGCCAAAAUCAAUUGUGAUGCCUUAGAACCACCGGAUACAUUGCAAAUAAUGUAUCCACAACGCCCGGAUACGGCAUGCCAAACCAAAUACUACAAAGGUUUACCAGGACAACCACUUUUCGUGCGACGCUCUUGUUAUUUUGGCGAUGUAACGUCCUUCGAAUUUCAGUGCGAUGAACAUCCAGAUUCCGUAGUGCCAUUUCUCAAUUUCUUGGCCUGCAGCAUAUGCAACGAUGAUCUAUGCAAUACGGCUGCUACAUAUAAAUCAUCUAAUUGGUUCUUACUAAUCGCUUUACCCAUACUAUUGGCCAUCUAAUGGGAGUCCAAGCGUCUUUAUAUCAUCUAAUGUAUCAUAGGCGGGUCUAGGAAUGUGAAAUGAGGAAACUUUGCCCCUUAAAGUAUGCAAGAGGCUGAAAAAGUAUUUAUUAUUUGAAGCAAAUUUAUAACUUCUUUACAUAUCUUCUUAAUAUGUUUCUAAGAAAGACUCUUUUGUCUGCUUAUUGCAUACUUUUGGUAGCAAAUUUCGUUAAUUUUCCGGUCUCUAGAUCCGCCCUAUAACUAUAUCAGCACAAUCAUCAGAUCCAAUUGGUUUAUCUGAGCCAUCAGCACAACGAUUUAAGCAAAUAUUUUUAGUAUUAAAAACUGAGAUCCGCAUCUUUUUAUACCCUCGUAGAGGGCAGAGAAGAAACUUUAUAUAUUCUUGAUCACAGUGAGAAGCCGAGUCGAUGUCUGUCCGUUUGUUCGUAUAAACUCCAUUCUCUUAGUUUGAAAACUAAUAGAUUGAAACUACCGAUUUAAGCAAUCAAAAGCCUAAUUGAGAUAAAAUUUGACAAUUUGUUGAAUCGGACCACUAUAACAUACAUAUAAGUGGCUUAAAUCAAAAUGCCUACCUUAUGGAAAAGGUAAGCCUCAUGGGAAAUCAUGAGAAAUCCUUUAAACACAAAAAUAUUAGGAAAACGAAACUUAUUCACGAAAAUUAUCUGAAAGAAUUAACGAUUUUAAAAUGUCUCCCACUACAAGGGUAUACAUACUUCGACUUAAGCUUUUUGCCGUUUUUAUUAUUGUAUCUUUUUUAUCAUCCGAUCGUUAUCUGUAUAUUUAGAGAUAACUUAAAACGAUAAUUUUUAAGCACAAUUUAUUUGUUCUUUUGAUGAAGCCAAAAACAACUUUAAAAUAAAGCAAGACCAACAUGGGUAAAAGAAGACGUUAUCUAAAUAAAAAACACAAAAAAAAAACAAGUCCAAAGAAUUCAAACAGAAAUAUAACUUUAUGUAUUUCCCCCAACUUUUACCAUAACAAACAAAAUCCAUUCUUUCAUUAUAUUUUUUUUGCAACAUUUUUCAUUUUUAUUUUUAUAC